AUGUUCACGUCCAAGUCCAACUCGGUGUCGCCCUCGCCGUCUCUGGAGCAGGCUGACUCGGACGCGCUGGACAUCAGCACCAAAGUGCAGCUCUAUGGUGUGCUGUGGAAGCGGCCCUUCGGGAGGCCGUCGGCCAAGUGGUCUCGACGGUUUUUCAUCAUCAAAGAGAGCUUUCUUCUUUACUACUCUGAGAGUGAAAAAAAGAGCUUUGAAACCAACAAAUACUUCAAUAUACAUCCUAAGGGUGUCAUCCCUCUGGGGGGCUGCCUGGUGGAGGCUAAGGAAGAGCCCAGCAUGCCCUACGCCAUGAAAAUCUCCCACCAGGAUUUCCACGGGAACAUCUUGCUGGCUGCCGAGUCGGAGUUUGAGCAGACCCAGUGGCUGGAGAUGCUGCAGGAGUCUGGGAAGGUGACUUGGAAGAAUGCCCAGCUGGGAGAAGCCAUGAUCAAAAGCCUAGAGGCCCAGGGGCUGCAGCUGGCCAAGGAGAAGCAGGAGUAUUUAGACAAACUGAUGGAAGAGACUGAAGAACUCUGCCUUCAGAGGGAGCAGAGAGAGGAGCUUGAGCGCCUGAACCAGGUGCUGGAGGCCGAGAAGCAGCAGUUUGAGGAGGUGGUACAGGAGCUGAAGAUGGAACAGGAGCAGAUCAAGAGGGAGCUAGAACUGACUGCAAGAUGCCUCAAGGGUGUGGAGCAAGAGAAAAAGGAGCUGAAGCACCUCACGGAGUCCUUACAGCAGAUGCUGGAGGAACUCUCCAUAGAGAAGAAGAAAACCCUGGAAAUGCUGGAGGAAAAUGAGAACCAGCUGCAGACACUGGCCAAUCAGAGCGAGCAGCCCCCUCCCAGUGGGGGUCUCCAUAGCAACCUGAGGCAGAUAGAGGAGAAGAUGCAGCAGCUCAUAGAGGAGAAGCUCCUGGCGGAGAAGCGGAUGAAGGAGAACGAGGAACGCUCGCGGGCCCUGGAGGAGGAGCGGGAGUUCUAUUCCAGCCAGUCCCAGGCGCUGCAGAACUCGCUGCAGGAGCUGACGGCGGAGAAGCUGCAGGCUGAGCGCGAGCUCAAGGCUGAGGUGAAGGUCCGCAUGGACCUGGAGAGGCGUCUGCGGGAGGCAGAGGGGGCCUUGCGGAGCCUGGAACAGGGGCUCAACUCCAAGGUGCGGAACAAGCAGAAAGAGGAGAGGAUGCGGGCUGACGUGAGCCACCUGAAGAGGUUCUUUGAAGAGUGCAUCCGGAAUGCGGAGCUGGAGGCCAAGAUGCCGGUCAUCAUGAAGAACUCCGUGUACAUCCACAAGGCGGCCACUCGCCGCAUCAAGAGCUGCCGCUUCCACCGGCGCAGGUCCAGCACCUCCUGGAAUGACGUGAAGCCGUCCCAGUCCUUCAUGACCUCCCAGCUGGAAGCCAACAACAUGGAGGAGCUGAAGGAGGUGGCCAAGCGGCUCAGCCGGGACCAGCGCUUCCGCGAAUCCAUCUACCACAUCAUGGCGACCCAGCCUGGAGCCCCCUCUAAGCUUCCGCCGGCGGGAAAGUGA